CGGAACCGCGCUGUCUUCGGAUGCGAACGGACAUAGCGACGCGCACGGAACCGCGCUGUCUUCGGAUGUAAACAAAUAUGGCGGCGCCCAUGGAGCCGCGCUGCCGAGGUGACUGUUAAAACGCCCAAAUUCUCAGGAUUGGUGUGUGUGUGUGUGUGUGUGUGUGUGUAGAGUAGAGUAGAGUAGAGCUGUUACACUCACUCUUUGCUCAGUGAGAGAUCAGACUCAGAGGAACAGAGAUGUCCAAGCUGCUGAAGAUUCUCCUCUUCCUCCUGCCUGCAGUCCUGCACACAGCCAAUGGACAUUCACUGGCACAGCCAUUUUGGUGCUACUGGAGCAAAGCUGAUCUGAGUGACAUGGAGCUCAUAGUGCCUGCAAUCUUCAAUAAGAUUAACUACGCUGAGUAUAACAGCACUCUGGGGAAGUUUGUGGGAUACACUGAGUUAGGCAUCUACAACGCAGAGAGAUUUAACAAUGACCCUACACAGCUGGCAGGACUAAAAGACUCAGUGGAAACUGUCUGUAAGCCUAAUGCUGGGAUUUACUACAGCGCCAUCCUGAGUAAAACAGUUGAGCCCCAGGUUAAAGUGAAGUUGGUAAAGAAGUCAGAUGGCACUCACCCGGCCAGACUGAUGUGCAGCGCUUACAGAUUUUACCCUCCACAAAUCACGGUGACCUGGAUGAGGAACGGUAUAAAGGUCGAGGGUGACGUGACGUCCACUGAGGAGAUGGCUGAUGGAGAUUGGUACUAUCAGAUCCACUCACAUCUGGAGUACAUGCCUGAAUCUGGAGAGCAGAUCUCCUGUGUGGUGCAACACGCCAGCUUCCAAAAACCCAUGGAAUAUAAGUGGGAUCCCUCCAUGUCUGAACCUGAUAAGAGUAAGAUUGCUAUAGGGGCUUCGGGGCUGGUGUUGGGGAUCGUGCUUUCAGCUGCUGGAUUCAUCUACUACAAGAAGAAAGCCUCAGGACGGAUCCUGGUCCCGACAUAAACUCAGGUCUUUGAGCAGAGAAACACUGGAGUGUUUGCUGAAGUGGCUUUAUCUGUUAAACAUCUGCUUUAUUCCUAACAGUUAGCACUUACUGAGAAAUGAGACAUUAAUAUGUGCAUCUGCAUCUGAAUUAUCCUUUACCUUCAUGUAAGACCAGCUUUAUGUAGGAUUUUGAUGAAACUGAUGUUGAAUAGCUUAAUUAUAGGCUUUAUAAUAGUUCUUGAGUAGAAAUCUGACAAACUGAGCUUAGAUACUACAUCCAGCUUUCAAAAAAUGUACAAAUGAAGGGCUUAUAAAGCAUCUGAAAGUUGUUAAAGAAUGAAUUAUUUUCAUUAUUAAAUCAUUAGCGCUCCCUACAGUCUGCUUUAACCUGGAUCACUUUCUCAGUUUUAAUGAUGCUGUUUAUCAUUUCAUACUAACUAUCUGUAAAUUUCUGUUUUUUUAUCAUCAGUCACUAAAAUUUAAUUUUAAUUGUAAGAACUGGAUUUAUUUUUGAUUCUGUAUGUAUGCUGACUCUUAAUAAACUUUUGGUUGUAAAAGAAAUUGAUGUAAAAAUAGACAUAAAAUCUUUAUAUAAAUAUAAUUAGACAGAUUUAUAACACUUUGUAUCAGUUAGCUAAUGAAAUAAACACAGUUCUUAUUAGUAAACUUUUAAUCCUGCUGUAUUUCUGAGGAGUAAUUACUUUUAGAUUAUGGAUUAUGAACUUAUUUCAAGCUUAAGUGGAGAAUUUGAGUUUGGGGUGGGGAACUUCAUUUCCACUGGAAAAAAGAAGCAAUGCAUAAAUAAUAAUAAAAUGAUUUUAAAAAUGAAAA